GUGCAAAAGGGCACGGUCCUCAGCAAGGAGGAGUGGACGGACUUGUGGCAGGGUCGUCUCACGAGCUUCUUCAACCAGGAGGCCACCCAGUUGUCGGCCGUGUACUACCUCAAGUUUGGCCGUUCGCUGUUCGUGGAACACGUCAACGACCCGGCUCACAGGUCGCACAACGACGUUCACCUGGCAAUGGCAGCGUCAGGUCUCUUGACGUUCGGCCUCAUGUCGUUCGGGCUCUACAACGUCCGGUAUGGCCCCUGGAAUAAGGGCACGUGGUUCGGGAAGGUCCAGCAGACGGCGGACGAGAUGAGCCGCUCGAUGAGCCCAUCGGACCCCCUGCUGGUCCAUUUCUUCCCUGACGUUCUGGCGGAUGAGGGCCGUUCGCAGGACGAGAACACAGUGGAGAACCGUCGCUCGUUUCUCGACGGUCUGCCAAACAGGGCGUUCGUUCGAGCCAAAGGGUCGAAGGCUUCGCCCUCGCGGUUCAACAGCUUGUCGAUCGCCCAUGCAGAGCUCGACCCGGACUGGUCGGCCUUUUGCCUCGUCCUCGCC